AUGGCCAUUUAUUGCUCUUAUACAUUAUAUGUUUUCUACCUACUAUUCAUUACACACUUGACUAAAAGUGCUACUAUUCGUAAUCCAUUAUAUUCACUUCAAAAUAGACACUUAGAUUCUUCAAUCACGAAUAGUGAAUAUUCAAAAUCAAAACCUUUGAUGAAACAACAACAGCGGGAUAUUCGACAGAUUGAGAAUGAUGAAAUUGCAACUGCUCUUGGUAAACUAUUUCGAUCUUUAAAUCAGACUGUUGAUACGUCUUCGUUGGAGCCAACUACGAUUAGUAGUUUAUUAAUAGAAUCAAAUUUAUCAAUGAUCGAAAGUUUUCAUGAUUUUUUCAAUCCAACAAAUUCAUCGCAAGUCAAUGAGACAAUCUUGGAAAUAUCUUCAACCGAAAAUGCAGUGUCGGACUAUUCGCUCGUACAACGUAAUCUUACGGAAGAAAGUCAAAUUGCGUUGUCAACUAUUGACAAAAUUUUACAAGAUAAUCAAACAGAUGCUCAUGACAAAAAUGAGUCUACAACCAUUGAUCAGAUUAACAUUUUACCACAGGAAAAAUACAAUCAAAAUAUUGAUGAAAUCGAACGAAUUACUUCAACAAUUCCUUUAGAUGAUACGACAAUGUCUUAUAAUGCAACAGACAAUAAUCAAACGCAUGAAUGGGGCUUAUUGUUUAAUGAUAAAUCUGAAACAAUAUCAUAUAAUGAUUCGUCUGCGAGCACAACAAGUGAUGAAUUUGCAAUAAAUUCGAAUGAAAUUAUUAUAAAUACGAAAAAAUUAUCUACUAAUGAAACUUCUAUUUUAUCAUUACAAUCAAUUAACAUUUCGAUAUGUGAUCGUUCGUGCCAAUGUUUAAAACAAUGUCCACACGGUUUUGCAAUUCUCAAUGGUACAUGUCUAUGCAAUUCACCAUGUCAAAAUUAUCAAUGUUUUGGGAAUGAUACAUGUAUUGUAAUAGACAGUGGACAACCUUUAUGUCAACCGGAAAAUCACAAUGAACAUGAUCGACCAAUUCGUUGUUAUCAACCGCAAGAUACUGGUUUUCAUGGUGCUCAUAUUCAAUAUCAUAAUCGUUGGUAUUAUAAUCCUGAUCAAGAUACUUGUCAUUUAUUUAUUUAUCGUGGUUUGGGUGGAAAUGGAAAUAAUUUUCAAACAUUACAUGAAUGCCAUUUAGAAUGCAAAAUAUGUUCUCCAUUACCUGAUCGAGGUGACUGUUUCGGUCAUGUUAAUAUGUGGUAUUAUGAUAAUAAAAACCAUAGAUGCAAACAAUUUGAAUAUUCAGGUUGUAAAGGUAAUGACAAUAAAUUUCUAAACGAAGAACAAUGUAUUGAUACAUGUAUUAAUCAAAUACUCGAUUUGUCAUAA